UGAAUGUCUGCUCAGGGUUCUCUUUUUCUGUGAUCGAAUGCUCUUAAAGGGAACAUGGAAUCAGACACAGGGGGCAGACCCUCAGUGGUGCAGAAAAGCUCCAUCCCUCAUACUCAUCCAGAUAAUCUUCAGCUUGUGAGUGGAAAACAUCCUGAAUGCUCUCAGAAAAUAACCACAAGAAAACAUUUCUGCAGUACUGAGGUGCUUUUAGUUCCUUCAUGAAGAUGACAGACACCACUGAAGAAAAAGCUGACAUCCAGGAACCAGACAACUCAAAGAUGAAGAACCUGGAUGCCUCAGAGUUUGAGGUGACAGCAGACCGUCUGGAGCAGCUGAUGAAGAGCAUGGAGGUGCUCCUGUCGGACGUGGAGCAGCUCCGGAGCCACUGCAGCCACCAGGCCGGCGAACUGAUGCGUGCGGCGGUGGAGCUAAGGCACCAGCAGGACGAGCUGAAGGAGAGUUACGCUGAGCUUUCCAAGGAAAUGCAGGAGAUAGUGGAAUCAGUGGAGGACCUGUUCAGCACCAAGAGCGCCUUUGAAGCCAAAGAGAAGCAAGCACAAAAGCUGAACCGGCAACUCUGAGAGACAGACGGCGAGACUUUGUUUGUAAAACACUGUGGGCAGGUGGUUUUAGCUUUGGGGUUUGUGAGUUGCACUUUGAAAGAGCUGAGUUUUGAUUUGCAAAGGAAGCUUUGUGAGAUUUUGGAAUUGUGUUUGACAUGCAGAAGAUUAUGCUUUCUUAUUUUUUAUCUUAAUCUGAGACCCCAUAUGCUCUAAAACUUAAACAGAAUUUUAUAGGAGAAUAUAAUGAACUUCAGAAUUUUGAAGUUAAUAAAAAAAUUAUGAAAUCUUAGAAAAUAUGCACAAAUGCUGAUUCAUGUCUUUAUGGUAUUUUUUAAUAUAUAAACGUCUUGACUUUUUGCAGUCAAGCACUUUGAGUAGAUAUUAAGACCACAUCAUGGCCUCUUAUCUGCCUCGAUGCUCCUCCAGCUGCCUCUGGUUACCUUUUGUCCAUCUUCCAUUCUCUCCUCUUAUCCAAGCAUGCUUCCCUGAGGUUUUCUCCCUAAAUUUAACCUAAACUGAGGCUGAAGGCGAUGAUUACCUCCUGCAAGCUCCUCUGCUGUGACUUAUCGGCCUGUACUUAGUGGCUAUGGGAUGUGCAAGAGGAGCAAUCAGUGGUCAGACGGCUGUAAAAAUAAAAGCUCAUUCGUUACGAAGUUUGAAGAGUUUUUAUGCUUGCUUGGUUUUUAGUCAGGUUCUUAGGAACUGGUUUUCAUUAUAGCAUGUGUGAUAAAACAUCAGAACAUGUGGUGGACACUGAUUUUCCAGAUGAUGCAGGUUACUGCAUCCCAUUAGAUGAGUGAGGAGGGUUUGAAGUGUCACUUGAUGGAAUUUGUGCAGAAAAGUUAUAUGUUUUUUUUUCCUUAAACAUUCUGCCCCAUGAACCUCUGCAUUAUAGUUUGAAAAACAGAAUAAAAACUAUCUUUGGAAACUGAAAAGGCAUAUGUGUGUGUGUGUGUGUGGCUGUAAUCUGACACUAUAUGGGCUAGGGUUUCAGGGAGUGGAGCAGGUCAGAGUAUAGAAAGCUGGCUGUCAGGGCUCAACCUCUCCUCCCAGUUGCACAUCCUUUUAGUGCUGCUGGUGAGUCCAAAGAAAAGGUGAGACGAGCAAAUGUUUCUGAUUUGUUUUUUUUUGUAUGUGUUUUUCAUCUGUUAUGCAUAUUUACUCCAGUCUUUAAAAGCUGUGAUAAAUAAUACAACAGAUAGAAUUUGCUGUAUUAUAAUUUGAGCAGGUGUUGCCAGUCCAGUGGUGGUUUUUGGUGAUCAUGAAUAUCCUGCAAGUCCUGGGCCUUCUUCACCUGCUAACUAUACCUGCUUUGACUCUGAAUACACCCGUCUAUGAUUACUGGGGAGAAUUUGGGGCCUUCGGGCCCUGCAGCCGUACUUGCGGCACUGGAGUUGCAAUGAGAACCAGGAAAUGCAUUACUUCCAGGACAGAUGGAGGGCACAAUUGUGUAGGAUCUUCCAAGUCCUACCGCACCUGUAGUACGCAGCCAUGUCCAGUUGGUUUGAAGGAUUUUAGAGAGGUGCAGUGUUCUGAGUUUGACACGGUGGACUACCAUGGAAACCGUCUUAGCUGGGUGCCGCACUACGAGGCAUCCAACCCCUGCGAGGUGAACUGUGUACCAAGUGGGCAAAACGUCUUCUACAGAACUCAACAUCGACUUCAAGUGACUGAUGGUACUCCUUGUAACGAGGGACACACUGAUAUCUGUGUUGAAGGGGUCUGCCGGGCAUUGACCCACGAGGAGUUUAUGGGACUAGACAACGACACAGAAACUCUACAUUUCACUUUGCCUUCUGUGCCUCAUCUAAGAGAGACCCACCCGUGCACCUACAGGACGGGUCUCUACAGCGAGUGCUCUGCAUCCUGCAAUGGAGGCCUGCAGUAUCGCAGCGUGGAGUGUGUGAUUGAGGAUCCUGUACACCCCCGAGUGGUGGACGAGUCUUACUGCAUCAUCCAACACUUGCAUAAGCCACUGAGUCAGAAAUCCUGCAAUAUGCAUUCCUGUGGAGAGCACAGGGCAGAAUAUAGCGUCUCCAGCUUCAGCGUGUGCUCAGUGACCUGUGGAGAAGGGCAGCAGACAAGAGAGGUGGUCUGUGUGGGACCAAGAGGAGAACGUCUGCCUGACCAUGCCUGCUCAGGAUUAGUCCCACCUGCAUCUGUCCAGGCCUGCCGUAGACCUGCCUGUUACACACAAAUAACAUGGCAUGUGACAGAGUUUGGACUCUGCUCGAGAAGCUGCAGCGGAGGUGUAAGAGAGAGGCAGGUCAGCUGUUUUGAUACUGAUCUGCAUCCAUACCCCGAGGAGCAGUGUGGAUUAGGAAGCAAACCCUCCUCUGUUGAGUCAUGCAACACGCAGUCAUGUCACGAGCCACAAACGGUUCCAAGCUUUCAAAAUCCAAGUGCAAUUGAAAGCACUUUCGAAGGAUAUGUGCCUCAUGUGUUGGAAGAACAUUUAGAAGACUGUGUUCACAGCAGGUAUGGCUGUUGUCUGGAUGGAGUGACUUUAGCUCAAGGAUUUGGAAGAGCUGGAUGUCCAGAGUAUCAGACAGUAUCAGACGUAUCGUUCCAUCCAGAAUCUGUGGUUGUGGAUUAUGACAGUAACUCCGUUCACUCCACGUACGUCUACAGGACCGGAGUCUACAGCGAGUGCUCUGCAUCCUGCAAUGGCGGCGUGCAGCAUCGCAGGGUGGAAUGUGUGUUUCAGGAUUUAUCAAACCCCGAGGUGGUGGAUGAGUCCUACUGCACCACCCAACAUUUGCAGAAGCCACAAGUUCAGCAGGAGUGCAAUGUGAUUCCAUGUGUAGAGUACAGCGUCUCUAGUUUCAGUGAGUGCUCAGUGACCUGUGGUGAAGGGCAUCAGAUGAGGGAGGUGAUUUGUGUGGGCCCAAGAGGAGAGCACCUGUCUGACCGCGCCUGCAGAGGUUUGGUCCGACCUGCUUCUGUCCAGGCCUGCCGCAGACCAGCCUGCUACACACAGAUAACAUGGCACGUGACAGAAUAUGAACUCUGCUCCAGGAGCUGUGGUGGAGGUGUGAGGGAGAGGCAGGUCAGCUGUUUCGACACUGAUCUGCAUCCAUACUCUGAGGACCAGUGCGGACUAGAAAGCAAACCCAACUCUGUUGAGUCGUGCAACACUCAACCGUGUCAUGAGGCACAAAGUGUUCCAAGUGUUCAAGAUCCAGGGACAGAAGAGGGUACCACACGAAGAUUUGUGCCUCAUGUUCCAGAGGAAUCUCCCACACCAUCUCCCGACACAAACAAUGCCGAUGACCUCGAACCUGCUGUGACAGACCCCGACUGUGCACAGUCAGUGCAUGGAUGCUGCCCUGAUGGCUACUCUACAGCCACUGGCCCCGAAAACGACGGCUGUCCUACUGAAGACUGCUCUUUUAGCAGGUUUGGAUGUUGUAAGGAUGGAGUGACUGCAGCUGAAGGGGAUGGACAGCUCGGAUGUCCUGAACAUCAGACAGCUGAGGAACAUCCACCUGUCCCUGUUGAUCACGCCUCUGCAUGCUCCCUGCCUCGUGAUGAAGGCCCUUGUGAAAAGUGGGUUGCCCGAUUUGCCUAUGAUGCUGCUGUUGGCAAAUGCAAGGAGUUUUGGUACGGAGGCUGCCAUGGCAAUGCCAAUAAUUUUGCAUCUGAGCAUGAUUGCCAGAAACAAUGUGGGGCUUCCAGGACAGUACCUGUCCCUGUACGUCGCAGAUGGAUCUACAGGAGAGGUUUUCUAAGAUCUGUACGAGUCAGGCCUAACCAUGUUGGAGUCUAUUACAGGGCAUAAGGCAAAUGGUACAUACUUAUGCAUAGAUUGGUGGUAAAUUAAGAAAAGACAAAUUUGGACUCUGGAAGUUGGAAAAGUAUUUCUGUAAAAGUGCUACACAUUUCUAUAAAAAAUGUGUUCUGAAUAAAUUUUAACUUUGUUUCAAGUUACGCGGUUCUUCCAAGUUACGCUGUUCUGAUGCCAACAUCCAACAGAUUUUUCUCUAAUUUCACACUUUUUAACAAAUAUUAGUGUCAACACAUGAAGCAUGCAUCAUAACUAACCACAUUCAGAGUUUUAACACUUAUCUUGAUUUUAGAAUAUUAAUUAUCUUCUUUAUUCUUUACUAAAUUGCAACAUUUUACUCAGACUUUCCAAACUUUUCUUAAUUUUGUAAUAUUUUCCAUGAUGCUUCCCAUAUUCAUUUAUUUAUUGUGAAUUCUGGGCAGGAAUCAGCAUCACAAAAAACUUUGAAGUGACUACAGUUGCUAAACAUUAAAUGUAAUAAAUCAUUCAACCCUUGGUUACACUGCA